AUGCGGAAAAUCGAACUGGAAAUUGGAAAGAUUGGUAUGAACACUCGUAAGCCUCAGCCGCUCAACGGACGUAUCAUUUAUUUCCGAAAACAGGGCACGAUUACCAGUACCCAAGCUGCAUCUGGUUCGUCAACACUCAGCAGUAGCAGCAUUGUAUUGAUGGUGUUAUGUGCUCGAGCAAUAUUGAAGGGUUGCAUAGCACAUCAGCCGUAA